AUGUGCGAGGUAGAUGUGAAAAUCAUCAAACGAACUCAAGAAACCCUUGGAAAGUUAAUCAAAAAGCCAGUCCUUACUGAAAAACUUUUGUCAAGACCUCCAUUUAGAUUUCUUCACGAUAUAUGUACGUCAGUUAUUAGGUCGACAGGAUUAAUGAAGGGUUUAUUUAACUCAGAAGAGUUGGAAGCUGAUAAUGUCAAAGACAAAGACAAAAAGUUGGCAUUUCUUCAAAAGUUGGUAGAUUUCUUGUCGGUAGUGCAUGAACGAACUAUUCCUGUCAGAAUAAUGAGCAUUGUUGCUGGUAAGGAGGCUGAGAAAACGAAUGAGAUGCUGUUCUUACUAGCUGAAGCUGUCAACAAAAAGAUCAACAACGAAGAAUAUGUUGCCCAAGUUCUCCAAGGAAGUAAAGUCGAUGAUGUUAAAUCAAGUGCUGUUGGAAAGCAAGUAUCAGAAACUAAGCAUUCAAAAAAAAAGCCUGGUAUGGAGUCAAAGUUCGUAGAUCAUCGAACAAAGGUGACUCAAAGUCACCGGAAAAACAAGUCAAAUGGGGAAAAAGACUCAACAGACCUAGUUAAUGUAGAAAAGUGUGGUAGCGCGAGGGAAAAUCAUCUGUUUCGAGAUUCCGGAAGUCGUGCUGGCAGUCAAUGUGGUUUACAAACACCGGAAAAAUCGCAAGAGGAAAUCGUUGCUCCUUCCCUCCAAAAUUCUGAAGCAUCAGUCUUCCAACCUCGACAUCACAGACCUGCAUCCGCCAAAGGACAGAGGGUGAAAAGAGAUGAUGUAAAGAUGUCAACCGAUCAACAGGAUAGUAAACGUGAACCAACUGAAAACUCAAGAUCGGUACCACCUCGCCCAAGACGUUCUGGAGAUUUUAUAAUUGAAGAUAAUCACAAACAAGUGAAUAUGACAUGUAUAUCUGGACUUAUUAUUUCUGAUUCACAACAAGAUACAACUGAUGAAGAACACGAUGAUGAUAAUAAUGAUGAUAAGAAAUUUGUUAGCGAAGAAACUCCUGGUAAUAUAUCAGCUAAUAUUUUAACAAAACAAUGGGAUGAAACUGAGCCAGAAGAUAAUCAUGAACAUGGUGGUUUAGUCACUAAAAUAUUACAGACGAAAAAAGAAUAUGAAAAUGUCAAUACAUUGAAUAAAGAAAGUUUAAAAGUACAGUCUAGCGGAUUGAAUGAAGCAGCUAAAGAACGUGAGAAAGCUUUAUUAAAAAAAGAAAUUAAUCGUUUAUGUGAUUCACUGCAAACACUAUCCCGUUCAGCUAUUCCAUUGAGUAAACUGAUGGAUUUUGUUCAAGAAGAUUUAGAAACAAUGCAACAAGAAUAUGAACGUUGGAAAACUGAAAAUCAUAUACUUAAAUCUCAAUUGAAACAACAGGAAAAUUUAACCCAAACAUGUAUAGAACCCUUGAAAGCUCAACUAGAUGAAUUAGAAAAAUAUGCCAAAGAAAAAGAGAAGUCUAUUAUUAAAUGUAAAGCUAAAAUAUUUCAUAACAAUGAGCGUAUACAAAAUUUAUUGUUUAAAUCAUUGGAAAAAGUCUUGUGA